AUGAUGUGGCAGUACAGGGUGGCAGCGUCACCGACUUUGGCAAGGAGCAACCCCUUGUUCUGUCGAUACACCCUCCUCACUCUCUCUCUCUCUCUCCCAUCCCCUUCCAGGUAUGUCCUCGGCUACGAGGCCAUGAAGCGCAUGCAGAAUGCCAACAUUCUGAUUUCGGGCAUGCGCGGCCUGGGCCUGGAGAUCGCCAAGAAUGUCAUUCUGGGUGGCGUGAAGACGGUCACAAUCCAUGACCAGGGCGUGGCCGAAUGGGUAGACCUGUCCUCGCAGUUUUACCUCCGCGAGGAAGAUCUCUGCAAGAACCGAGCUGAGGUAUCGCAGCCCAGGCUCGCUGAGCUGAACACCUACGUUCCAGUCACCGCUUACACCGGGGAGCUGACGGAGGAGUACGUGCAGCAGUUCCAGGUCGUCGUGCUCACCAACUCUACCCUGGACGAACAGCUGAGGCUCGGCGAGUUCUGUCACUGCAAGGGGAUCAAGUUCAUUGUGGCUGACACCAAGGGGCUCUUCGGGCAACUGUUCUGCGACUUUGGCCUGGAGAUGAUUGUGCUGGAUAUGAACGGGGAGCAGCCUUUGAGCGCCAUGAUCUCCAUGAUCACAAAGGACAGCCCUGGGGUGGUGACCUGCCUGGAUGAGGCCCGGCACGGCUUCGAGACCGGAGACUUUGUGACGUUCACCGAAAUCCAGGGGAUGAAGGAGCUUAACAACUGCGACCCGGUGGAGAUCAAAGUGUUAGGUCCGUACACUUUCAGUAUCUGCGAUACCUCGGCGUUCUCCGAUUAUGUCCGUGGAGGCAUAGUGACUCAAGUGAAAAUGGCCAAGAAGCUGAGCUUUAAAUCCUUGAAAGCAUCGUUGGCCGAGCCGGAGAUACUGACCACCGACUUUGCCAAAUUUGAGAAUCCGCAGCAACUUCACCUGGCCUUUCAGGCCCUGCACGAGUUUGUGAGGAAGAACUCCCGGCUCCCACGGCCCAGGAACGAGGUACGGCCGCACUCUCGCUUCCAUUUCCAGUCUUGUACCGGCAAGUUCACUCCCAUCAUGCAAUGGAUGUACUUCGAUGCGGUUGAAUGUCUGCCCGAGGACGAUGACAGCUCGCUCAACGCCGAAACCUGCAGCUUGAGGAACUGUCGCUACGACGGGCAGAUCGCAGUGUUUGGCACAGCUCUACAGGAGAGACUGUCCCAGCUGAAAUACUUCCUGGUCGGCGCUGGCGCCAUUGGCUGUGAGCUGCUGAAGAAUUUUGCCAUGAUGGGCCUGGCCUGCGGAGAGGGAGGCGAGCUCACCGUGACCGACAUGGACACCAUCGAGAAGUCCAACCUGAAUCGGCAGUUCCUCUUCCGGCCCUGGGACGUGACGGUAAGAAUGUACAUCGACCGGCGUUGUGUGUAUUACCGCAAACCCCUCCUCGAGUCGGGGACCCUGGGCACAAAGGGGAACGUGCAGGUGGUCAUUCCUUUCCUGACCGAGUCGUACAGCUCCAGUCAGGACCCGCCAGAGAAAUCUAUCCCCAUCUGUACGCUGAAGAACUUCCCCAACGCCAUCGAGCACACCCUGCAGUGGGCCCGGGAUGAGUUUGAAGGACUCUUCAAGCAGCCAGCCGAGAAUGUUAACCAGUACAUCCAGUAA